AUGGCGUCCAAGCGCCACAACCUUCUCAAACUAGGCUGGAAGAAGCCCCAACACAACAAGUCGUCUGGGUGGCGCAACUGGUUAGCGCGUUCGACUGUUAAUUCAACGGUUCAUCGAGAGGUUCGACUCAGUGGAAGCCUACCACCCGUGGAUCACAUUCAUUUGGAAAGUGCCAUGCGAACAGACCGAGUGCCAGACUCGACCCCAUCUGCAGUCUCACCAGGAGACAUGGAAUCUAGAGACCAUCCUCCUCCGCCCCCACCCCCACCACCACAAGACCCUCGCUCAAAGAUUUCCCCAUACGUCCUGAAACUCCGACAAGUCCCCCACACUUUCUUGAACCAUAUACCCCGUCCGACAGGCCCAGCACCGACCGGACCGUACUUUUUCUACGGCACGCUGACCGAUCCUUGCCUGGUUCGCGAGCUGCUGGAACUAGACCACGAACCCGAGUUCCGACCAGCCUCCAUUGAGGGCCAUGAGUGCAAACUAUGGGGCCCAUACCCCGCUCUUGUAGACGUGCCCGGCUCCACGGUGGAAGGUGCCGUCUAUCAGGUCAUGAAGGAGGAGCAUGCGGAACGGUUGGCGUCGUACGAAACAAUCAACUACCGUGCUGAUCCUUGCUGUAUCUGUUAUCGAGAUGGGAAAGAGCCGGCCCAGGAUUCUGGGUACACGUUUGUGUUUGCUGGUAACAGGAAGGAUUUGAGAGAUGGGGUUUUUGAUCUGAGGGCUUGGCUGGGGAGGAUGGGGAUGUCGCGGUCGUGA